AUGACAACUGCGAUAAGUCUUCACUUGUUCAAAGACAUCUCCCCUUUACAAAUAGUCAUACUAAUUGUUAUCAAGAUCUACUCAAUCAGUAAUGUUGCACCAAAUGUAUUGAUUAAAAUUGCCCGAUUGAUUGAACACAAGCAUGUGGUUACAUGGGACAAUCACAGUUUGAAUAUGUUGUCAGACUUGAGUAGUCUACGAGAAUACUUCAACGAUGAAGCAUGUUUCACUCAAAUUUUACGGUUUUUAAAGCAAAUUCACUCGAUUGAGGACUUGGAUGGAGUUAUGAAGGGGUUCAAAGAAAUGGUUACUGACGAGAAACCAACAAUCGAAAUCAGGAAAACGUUUACCCCACAGUCAUUGUUCGGAGCUUUUAUUGUACAGGCGUGUAUACUCUACGAACUGCUUGAAUUCCGUCAGCUUAUUUGUUUGUAUCAACUGUUGGACCAAUUUCGGGGAACUAGUUUGGAAUCACAAGAUACUAUGGAGAAAGAUGAGCUACAAAUAGCGCUCGAGGCCCAACUAGCGAAAAUCAGUAUCAACCCAUCAAACGAACUACCCGUCUCCACAACAAAGCUGUACUUGGAUCAACUAAUCAAUGAACAAGUGACGAUAUUGGAGACUUUUGGAACACCAACUCCAACAUCUUUGAAAGAAGUAAUGCGAUUAAUGGGCUCGUCUCGUGGCUCAAUUGAAAACAUCAUGUUCAAUCAGGUACCCAACUACUACUAUCUCCUGUACUUGGAGAAAUUGGCGCAAUUGGAUUAUAAUGGUGCUGUCGAUUCCUUACACCAAUAUUUUGACUACAUGGUUAGUAACAAUUCAAAAUAUUUUUACCAUUUUGCUCUAAUAUCAAAGGCUUCUUUGCAUCAGUAUUUUGGCGAAGACCAAAAGGCAAUAGACAGCAUUGAGGAAGCGGUAAGUGUGGCUAGAGAGAACAAAGAUAAUGCAACACUCACCUACAUUUUGAGUUGGUUUUACAAUUUCAUGCACCACAAGCCACAUUUAUGGGCUCAACAGUCAUUGUUUAGCAAAAACAGUGGCAAUCAUUUGUUGGACUUUAUUAUCAAAAAAAGCUCCGGAGUGAAUCAGCUGUUGCUAACGGUAAAUUUGGGAUUUGAAACGCUACACAUGAUGAAUAAUCUGCAACCUAUUUCCACUUACGCAGCGAAUUUGGUUAAAACAAUGUAUGUUGCACUGAAUGAUCUGAAAUCAACAUUUUCGCGAAGUGCUGAUGUGGCAUCUAUUGUUUGGGAUAGAAUUGGUAUUGCUUCAUUGAGUGAGGUAUACGGCGAGAUUGCACUUUGUUACAGCGAAAACUCAUCGGAACAUACUACUUUGGAAGCAAAGAGACUAUAUCGUCAAUUUCAAAAGGGUAUCAACUGUGAGCAAGUGUAUCUACAAAUUCUGAGUUUGACUCCUCAUGAUAGUUCCUUGAAAAACGCUGUAAGAAUCCAAACUUUGUUAAUGCAGAUAAAGUUGUACUUGCAGCAAAAGAGACUUCGCAAAGCAAAAGAAGUUUUGGACUUUUUAAUUUGCAGCAAGAUCAAGGACAUAUCGGUCAGGAAUGAACUUUGUUUGCUUGACAUUGAAAUUGAUAUCGAGUACGGCAAUUACAAAAGUGCGUUAGGCAAGAUUAAUACCAUGCAACAUUGUGAUGAUUACAUGAAGAUUAAGCUCAACUUGCUAAAAUGUCAAAUAUUUGACGGCUCCGGUGCUGUGCCCUUGUCGCUAUUAGUCCAGGUGAUAUCUUUGUGCAAAGAUUAUGGUUACGUGUCUUUGUUGGUGGAAGCUAGUGUCUUGCUCCUCAGAACCUUACAGAAGCAAGGAUACGAUGCGGAUGUGAAGAGAUUUGCUGAUGAAGUAAUGCCAAUUGCCUUCACUCAUGGCGACGAGAGUCUAAAACAGUCGGCACUUGAAAUAGUUAAGAAAUGA